UUGAUGCGAUUAAGAUAAUGUCGAGGAUUUUGAGUCAUUAAAUUUCAAGUGAUUUUUAGCGGUUUUGGACGUUUUCUCUUUUAUUCGCUGAUAUGGCUGAAAUUCGGAAACGAAACGUUGAAUCUACAGGUCAUGAAAGUGACGAAGCAUCAAAGACUGAAGAAAUUAAAAAAGCUGAAACUGCUGAUUCAGAGGAUGAACCCCUUCCAGAUGAAAGCAAUGUGGAGUCUCUUGUCCAGGAAUUACCUCAGGCUUCUGAUAAAACCACAGAAGUCUUAGACUCAGCUUUGUCAUCCCUUCCAUCAAGAUGGCGAAACUGGAUUGUACGUGGUAUUUUUACAUGGUUGAUGAUAUUUGGCUUUUUCUUUUUGAUAUGGCUUGGUCCUUUAGCUUUAGUUGCAACUACUCUCGUUGUGCAAGUUAAAUGCUUUCAAGAAAUCAUUUCUAUUGGCUAUGCAGUAUAUCGCAUUCAUGGCCUCCCAUGGUUUCGAUCCCUUUCUUGGUACUUUUUAAUUACAUCUAAUUAUUUCUUGCAUGGAGAAGCUAUUGUUGAUUACUUUGGAGUACUUCUUAAUCGUGCUGAUUUCUUAAGACCUCUUGUGACAUACCAUCGCUUUAUUUCAUUCAGUUUGUAUAUAAUAGGAUUUGUUUGGUUUGUCCUCAGUCUUGUGAAAAAGUACUACAUGAAACAGUUUUCUUUGUUUGCUUGGACUCAUGUAACACUCCUCAUUGUUGUCACCCAAUCAUAUUUUAUUAUGCAGAAUCUGUUUGAAGGUCUUAUAUGGUUUAUUGUUCCUGUGUCAAUGAUUAUCUGUAAUGAUGUGAUGGCUUAUAUGUUUGGAUUUUUCUUUGGCAAAACUCCUCUGAUCAAAUUAUCUCCAAAGAAAACUUGGGAAGGAUUUAUUGGAGGGUGGAUUUCUACUGUCAUCUUUGGUGCAAUUAUGUCUCACUUCCUGUGCCAGUUCAAUUAUUUUGUAUGCCCCUUGGCUUAUUCAGAACGCUUACAGAAAAUGACAAUGGACUGCACCCCAUCUCACCUCUUUCAGCUGACUGAUUUCAAUCUGCCUGGGCCACUACAGACCUUUGCUUCUCUGUUAGGAUUUCCUGGAAAAGUGACCAUUUACCCAUUCGUCCUACAUUCAUUGUCAUUGUCCAUGUUCAGUUCAAUUAUUGGACCAUUUGGAGGAUUUUUUGCAAGUGGAUUUAAGCGUGCUUUUAAAAUAAAGGACUUUGGAGAUAUCAUUCCUGGACAUGGUGGAAUCAUGGAUAGAUUUGAUUGUCAGUUUCUCAUGGCAACUUUUGUAAAUGUGUACAUAUCAAGCUUCAUCAGGGCUCCUAACCCUCAGAAGCUUUUACAGCAAGUUUUGAUGCUAAAAACUGACCAACAGCUACAUAUAUUCCAGUCUUUGAAAGAUCACCUUCUAUCCAAGGGUGAAUUGCAAUGAUAUACUGCAGUUAUCAAUGUGAUUCUUACCCAACAAGUUUAAGUAAUCUAUAUAAUUCAUUUUGUCCACUCUCUUGUUAUAAAUAAGUAGCAUGUGAUGUGCCAAUUUCUUAGUUAUUUAGAAUUGCCAGGCAAUAAUGUGUUUAUUCAUUAGUGUCAAUGAAAAAAAUAAGUUCAAGAGUAGCUGAACUCUUUUUUUAAACAAUUUUCUAAGUAUUUCUGCCUUUGUAGUCAGUGUACUUUUUCUGUAUUUUCAAUGCUUUGCUUAUACAGGAUUGCACUCUAUUGAAAUUUUCAUAGUCUAAACUAAAAAUGUUUUCAAAAA